AUGACUUUCGCACAACAAGGCUCAACAGAUGAACCAACAUUCAGGCUGAGCUCUACAUCGAAUCGAACCUAUUUGGAGACACACCCGGAAAUAUCGUUACGACGAAGUCAAUCCAAUCGAUCUAAAGAUCAUUAUCACCAUGAAGAGCAACUCGUAGAACCAAAAUCUUUGCCACUUAUCCAUAGAUUCGUCACUAAUUGGCUAAUAAUGGAUCCUGUGCUACUACAGAUAUAUCAAAGGCAAUUGCACGGGACCAAGAAUUACGAGAUUGAAAAGGAUCCUGAUGCCAAGUUUGUUUUCUUUUUUGGUGGUCGAUUACGAAGCAUCAAGGGUAAACCGGUCAAUGUUAUAACUGGUGCAAUGAUUGUUAUUCCGGUAAUUAUCUACUGCAUAUUUGAAGCCAAAUGGCAAUGGCACCAUUUACUGCCGGCAGUGGUGGUAACAUUUAUCUACAUUUGGUUGCUUGCAUUUUGUCAUUUUUGGAAAGCGGCUACAAGUGAUGCUGGCGUAUUGCCAAAAAAUCUACAUAUCCCAAAGUCUAUAAACAAAGAACAAGUUGAGAAUCCGCCUGAUGAGUACUUUAACGCUAUCACACUACCAUCGUACGGAAGUACUCGAGACGGGGUUGUGGUUAAAUAUUGUUCAACUUGUCAUAUAUGGCGUCCACCAAGAACUAGUCAUUGCGGUACAUGUCAAGUAUGUGUUUUAAAUCAUGACCAUCAUUGUGUGUUUUUGAACAAUUGUGUUGGAGAAAGGAACUACAUGUACUUCUUGUGGUUCUUGUUGCUAGCUUGUGUGGGGUGCAUUUAUUUGUUAAUUAUUUCAAUUGUUCAACUAUGUUAUUAUCAAAUUGGAAAUGUGGCAGACGUGACAAGUAUAUCUCAAUCCGCAAAACACUUUCCACUCAGCUUGUUUUUGGUGGUCUACUCAAUUUUAGCACUAUUUUAUCCUCUAUUAUUGUUAGCAUUUCAUUUAUUCUUGACUAGUCAAAAUAUCACUACCCGAGAGUACUUGAACAAUGUAUACAGGAGAAAGCACGCGGAUUUCGUCAAUGUGUUUGAUACCCAUUCAAUUUGGAAGAAUUUGUAUAUAAAUUGGUUUGGUUCCUCACGAGCUGUCAGUUUGACAUUCCCUAGAAAUGAAUACCAACCGGGGGAUAUUAGGUAUGAAAAAAUUGAACCUUUACAGUUGUUCAGCAUAGAGUACUGA